AUGAAGAAUUGGGGUAUUUUCUUCUUGGUCAUUUUCUUGGUCCAUGAACAGGACUUUCCUGUCCAAGUUGGAGCAGAAGAUGGAUUUCUCAGAAGAGAAGGAGUGAAUUUCAUAUUAAAUGGCAGCCCAUUUUAUGCCAAUGGAUUUAAUGCCUACUGGAUGAUGUAUAUAGCCUCAGAUCCUACUCAGAGAAAUAAAAUCUCUUCUGCAUUUCAAGAAGCAGCAAAUCAUGGCCUUACAAUUGCAAGAACUUGGGCUUUUAGAGAUUCUGGAGAUUCACCUUUACAAUACUCUCCUGGCUCAUAUAAUGAACAAAUGUUUCAGGGAUUGGAUUUUGUGAUUUUUGAAGCUAGGAAAUAUGGGAUAAAGCUGAUAUUGAGCUUAGUGAACAAUUAUGAGGACUAUGGAGGGAAAAAACAGUAUGUGAACUGGGCAAGAAAUCAGGGACAGAGCAUAGCAUCUGAUGAUGAUUUCUUUACAAACUCAGUGGUGAAGGAAUACUAUAAAAACCAUAUUAAAGCUGUGCUCACGAGACAUAACAGUAUCACGGGAACUCCAUACAAGGAUGACCCCACAGUAAUGGCUUGGGAGCUUAUGAAUGAGCCAAGAUGCACCUCAGAUGCCUCGGGAAGGACCAUACAGGCAUGGAUUUCAGAGAUGGCUUCCUACUUGAAAUCUAUAGACAGUAAUCACCUAUUAGAAGCUGGACUCGAAGGGUUUUAUGGAAAAUCAGAUUCACACAAACAGCAAAACAAUCCAAAUUUUGAAGUAGGAACAGAUUUCAUAGCAAACAACCAGAUUGUUGGCAUAGAUUUUGCAACUGUUCACUCAUAUCCAGAUCAAUGGUUAACCAGCCGAAAUGAUGAAGACCAAAUCUCAUUUUUGAACAAUUGGCUACAGAGUCAUAUCCAAGAUGCACAAAACAUUAUCCAAAAGCCACUUCUUUUUGCUGAGUUUGGAAAAUCAUCAAGAGAUCCUUCUUAUAAUACAUAUCAGAGAGACCUGCUGUUCAAUACAGUAUAUAAAGCAAUAUAUUCAUCGGCUGGAGGGGGAGGCGUGGCAGCUGGCGGCUUAUUUUGGCAACUUCUAACAGAAGGAAUGGACAACUUCAGGGAUGGCUAUGAGAUAAUCUUUAACGAAAGCCCAUCAACGGCCAGCCUGAUCGCAGAGGAAUCACAGAAGUUGAACAAGAUACGGAAGAUGUAUACGAGGUUAAGAAACAUCGAGAAGUGGAAGAAAGCAAAGAGUAGAACUGGUGGAAAUUAG